AUGGGUCCAAAGAAACAAUCAACCGCCGUGAAGCGGCUGAUGACCGAGUACAAGCAGCUUCUGAACGAUCCGCCUGAGGGUGUGUCUGCCGGCCCGAUUUCAGAGGACAAUUUUCUUGAGUGGGAGUGCCUCCUGGCUGGGCCACCCGACACCUGCUACGAGGGCGGCAUUUAUCCUGCCACUUUGACUUUUCCCGAGGACUAUCCUUUGAACCCACCCAAGAUGGUCUUCAACGGCCCGAUUUUCCACCCCAAUGUCUAUAAAAACGGUGAGGUUUGCAUUUCUAUUCUCCAUGCCCCCGGUGACGACCCUAAUAUGUACGAAACAGCUGCUGAGCGGUGGUCUCCUAUCCAGUCGGUGGAGAAGAUCUUGGUCAGUGUUAUUAGCAUGCUUGCAGAGCCCAAUAGCGAGAGCCCAGCCAACAUCGAUGCCAGUAAGAUGUGGAGAGACGAUCGGCCUGCCUUUGAGCAGCUCGUCCGUUCUCAGAUCCUUGCAUCGCUUGGCAUUUCUAACGAGUGA